GCUCGCGGCCCGGGAACGCCGGCGCAAGGGAGCGGGUGAGCGGCGGAGGCCGGCCUGGCGGCGGCCAUGGACCGCUUCGUGUGGACCAGCGGCCUCCUGGAAAUCAACGAGACCCUGGUGAUCCAGCAGCGCGGGGUGCGCAUCUACGACGGCGAGGAGAAGAUAAAAUUUGAUGCUGGGACACUCCUUCUUAGUACACAUCGACUGAUUUGGAGAGAUCAUAAAAAUCAUGAGUGCUGCAUGGCCAUUCCUCUUUCCCAAAUUGUGUUCAUUGAAGAACAGGCAGCUGGAAUUGGAAAGAGUGCCAAAAUAGUGGUUCAUCUUCACACAGCCCCUCCCAACAAAGAACCUGGCCCAUUCCAGAGCAGUAGGAACUCCUACAUCAAACUUUCCUUCAAAGAACAUGGCCAGAUUGAGUUUUACAGGCGUUUAUCAGAGGAAAUGACACAGAGAAGAUGGGAGAAUGUGCCAGUUUCCCAGUCAUUACAAACAAAUAGAGGACCCCAGCCAGGAAGAAUAAGGGCUGUCGGAAUUGUAGGUAUUGAGAGAAAACUGGAAGAAAAAAGAAAAGAAACUGACAAAAACAUUUCUGAGGCAUUUGAAGACCUCAGCAAGCUAAUGAUCAAGGCUAAGGAAAUGGUGGAGUUAUCAAAAUCAAUUGCUAAUAAAAUUAAGGACAAACAAGGUGACAUCACAGAAGAUGAGACCAUCAGGUUUAAAUCCUACUUGCUGAGCAUGGGAAUAGCUAACCCAGUUACCAGGGAAACCUACGGCUCAGGCACACAGUACCACAUGCAGCUGGCCAAACAGCUGGCUGGAAUAUUGCAGGUGCCUUUAGAGGAACGAGGGGGAAUAAUGUCACUGACGGAGGUGUACUGUUUAGUAAACCGAGCUCGAGGAAUGGAAUUGCUCUCACCAGAAGACUUAGUGAAUGCAUGCAAGAUGCUGGAAGCACUGAAAUUACCUCUCAGGCUCCGAGUUUUUGACAGCGGCGUCAUGGUGAUUGAGCUUCAGUCCCACAAGGAAGAGGAAAUGGUGGCCUCAGCCCUGGAGACAGUUUCAGAAAAGGGAUCCCUAACAUCAGAAGAGUUUGCUAAACUUGUGGGGAUGUCUGUCCUCCUGGCCAAAGAAAGGUUGCUGCUUGCAGAGAAGAUGGGCCAUCUUUGCCGAGAUGACUCAGUGGAAGGCUUGCGUUUUUACCCAAAUUUAUUUAUGACACAGAGCUAAGGGUUUUGUGUUUGAAAUCCUUUUUGUCCUUGUGCUUGCGUCAUGUAGAGGCUGUAUGGCAUUGAACUAAGAGACAAACCCCGAUCACCUGAGAAUUUAUUGGAACUUCACAGUAGAAUAUAAAACUUUCUUAAUUUCUCCCUAAAUGUUAUGAUCUAGGAAGCUUAUGUAGGAUACAUAUAGGAAAACACAGAAAAAUGAAUGCCAAUAUGAAUUUAAAAUCAUACCAUAGCUGUGUAGAACCCUCAGAAUUUAACUUGAAAUAUGGUAGAUUUUAACUUGAUCUUCAAAUCUAACCAUUCUGUAAAGAAGGGAAUUUAGUUUUGCAGGGAAGAAAAAGAGAAGUGACAUGUUGGGACAGGUUAGCUUAUUAUUUUGGUGUGACUAAAAUUCACUGGAUUAUAAAUGCGGUUUUUCUCUGGGCCUGUUGUGCCCAUUUUGGGGGCUUUCAUGGGGGAAGUCAUACCCCACAGGGCAGUUUAAUAACCUGACAACCUUGGAACAAAAUACCAACUGUAGCAUGCCUUAAGAGGCUCCUUCUAAGGGCUUUUAGAAACAGUCAUAGGCAUGUCUUCAACAGAUCAAAUGAAACACCUCUGUGAAAGGAGAGAAUUUUAUUUGACUUAUUAUAUUCUCCAGCUACCUUCUUUUCAUUUUUUAAAGUGAUGAUUUCAUAGCUAGCAUUUAAAGAAUGCAACUGUGUCAUUUUAUUUAAAAAAUGCUGUGGAUUUUGAAACUGAAUUAGAAAGCUGUAUAGACAUGCCCAGAGUUAUGAUUACGAAUUGGGAGGUAAACAGCUCAGGAAUUCCCUAGGAUUGUUGCGCAUGUGGAAGGGCAGAGGGAACCUUUAAAUAGCUUCACAGGAACCUUAGUGCUCUUUUACCUCAAAGCCACAGACAGGAAAUAGAAGUGGGAAAGUAAUAUGUCUCCUUUUCUUUCCUUUAAGGAGUUUCAACACUGAACUUUUAAAAAGUCUAUCAUAUUCCAGCAAUAUUUUUUUCUUUGCCCCAUACAUUAUAAGUUGUAUGGAGAAAGUAUUUCAGUUAAAGUGUUACUGAGAUAACAACAACUGGCUAGUACUGCAUGUAGAUUGCUUGAGUUUUAAAGCGGACUGCCUGGCUUCAUAUGUUACUGCUCUACUGAGGCAGUAUGUUGGCAUUACCUCAAACUCAGGGACCCCACAGGACAGAAGGAGACUCCCUCUAUGAGACUGAGUUAGAAGUGGAAGGGUAAUGAGGAUUUUGUCCAAGCCUCUGGAAGGGAUAGUGUGUUUAUUGGGAGAACCCCUGGGACCAGGAGGAGGGAUGCCCAGGGUCACAUUCUGAAACCCCUAAGACAUCACUGCGUGAGGUGGAGGGAGAGCCACUGCCAGAGGCUGCUGCAAAUGUCCUCUGGGAAGUGCUAGUAGGGACCCUCAGCUGCAGACCCAGGGGAUCCCAAUCCCUGAUCCCUGCCUGAAAAGUGGCUGUUGCUGCUUUGUGUCCUCCAGUGUCACAGGAAUGCUGUGGCCAAGACACCUUGCUUUAGUCUUCGUUUUCUAAACCUGUCACUGCCUCUUCAUUGUGGUGACAGACUACCUGAUUCCCCAUUGCUCAGCCUCAGGUUUAUUUUGGGGGUAAUUCAGCAUCUGGCCCUCCAAGUCUUGUAGGGGUUAGUUGGACCAUUGUGUAAGUUUGUUUGCAUGUCUUGCCUCUCUCUGGGUUGCACUCACACUCACACUGCUCUGGCAAACUUAUAUAUAGAUACACACACACACAAUAUCUCACCUGGCUAAGGUUUUUAGAAGUUUACAAAGAUAAACAAUAAUCUGUUUCACCAGAUGGAACGAGUUGCAAGUAAGAUUAUUGGAGCUAUUAGAUCUAGCUCUAAUGGUUUGGAUUCAUUGCUGCAAACCUACAUAAUUCAACAUAUUUAUUUACUUUAGUGUGACAAUUGAUUAACAAAAAUGGAGCAAUCUGAAUUAUACAAAGUGAACUAUAGAGGAAUAAAAGUAACAUAUGAAUAUAUUUUGCAAAUGUCACAUUAAUUAAAAAACAAGUAUGAUUGAUUUUGUUAAAGUGGGCAUUCUUCACUGUUUCCAGACCUUUGUAUGUAUUUAUAUCUUUUUUUUUUUUUUUUUUGCCAAAUAAGGUGUUCUUUUCCCUGUAACAUAAAGGUUAUUUUUAAAUACAACUAAUCAGGCCCUAAGUGCAAAAAAGUUCUGUCUUGGUGCUUAUCACUGGUAUAAUUAUUCCUUUUAUUUUCCUAACUUUGCUCUUAGGAGCAUGAAUCUCUUUGUAGCUUUUAUGGUAAUGGAAUAUUUCUAGUCAUUUACUGUCAAAAACAAAUUUUUUACAUUGUACAAGUGAAGAUUGUUUUCAUGGUUAAAUGAUUGGUACUAAUGUAUAUAGAGUAAAAUUAUUGCAAAAUUUUAAAAUGUUUUUUCUUAACUUGGUGUUCUUUUUAAAUACUCUGAAAAAUAUAUGAAAAUGAUAAAACUUUGGUCAUACUAAGUCAGAAUGUUAAGAGUUCUUUUAGAUUUUAUAAUCAAGACUUGCUUAUAAAUAUUUGUGACAUCAAGCUCUUACUAUUUUAGUUGUCGUAAAAGGAUGGUAAAUGAGUCAUGAAUUGGUUUGGUUAUUUUAAAAUUCUUGAUGUGAAUUUCACCAUUGAUCAACCAUGUGUAUUCAUAUAAAUGUACUUUCUCUUGUUCCCUGUUACCAGACUAAUCUUCAAGAACGUGGAUUUUUCAUGUCAUUAAUCUCAUGCUCAAGUACUUAAAAUGGUUCUCUUUUGUCCAACAGUCUGAGAGUCUUCAUUUUGGUACAGUGGAGUCACAACUUUAAAGUGGUUAGGUUUUAAAGACUGUGCCUAAGGACAAAAUCGAGCAUGCUCAAAAUGAUCCUUGAAAGUCUAAAUUGCUAAUAAAAUUCUCUUUAUAGUCGUAAAGUUUAAAUCCAUGGGGAGUGUAGGUAUGAAUAUAUUAUGCAUAUAGUAAGUAUAAUAUAUAUUAACUGCAUAUCAAUAUUUGACUUUUAUAGCAUUAAUAAUUAUACUUUUUAAAUAUGUAUGUCAUUUGCCAAUAGGUAUGGUUGAAUUUAUGUAUAUUUAUUGCUAAUCCCAUCCCUUAUGAGAAAUCUAGAGUGUAAGCUCCCCAAGGGCAGAGGUUUUUAUCUGAUUUAUUCAUGGAUCUAUCCUCAGAGCCUAGAACAGGGCCUGGCACAUGCUAAGCAUUCAAUAAAUAUUUACUGAGUGAAUGAA